AUGGAGAACGAUGAAGAUCCCUUUGCGUGUGGCUCGACUCUAGCGAGGACGCCCCGCCAAGAGAGGGAAGGGGAUGAAGCAGAGGCCUUCAGGAGGAGCGGCAAGGUCUCCCGAACGCCCACAGCGCUGGAACCCCUAGAAGAUGGGCGGAGCCCUGGGUCAAGCUCUACGCCGCCCCCCAAGAGGACGCGGGAUCCUGCGAGCCCGACCAGCUCGCAAAGAACUACGCCGGCCAAGAAGAGCAAGGCGUCAGAGGAGGCAGCCAGCCUGCAGGAUCUCCAGGAGCUGGGAAAGCUGCUGCAGGAAGUCUCCACGAAGAUGAUGGAUAAGACGACGCGCCACAUAACCGUCUCCACGAGGGAGCUGUUUGCCAAAAUGAAGGCGCUACAUGCGAGCAUUCUGGCGGCGAGCAGAGCGGCAGCCGCGGGUAACAAAGAAAGGCAGGAGUGCGACGUCGGGACCAGUCUGUGCCCAAAAUGCGCCCAGAGCACACGCAGCGCCGACAAGGAGCAGCAGACAGCGACCGUCGGGAAGAAGGAGGCUACAGCCCAAACAGAGCCCUGGCGUAGGCUUAGUCAGCCAAACUGGCCGGAACUACCGGCGCCUGUGCCUGCCCCUAAACCAGCCGGCGCAACGCAGCAGGGAAGUGAGAAGGGGCCCAGGAAGCCCCGAAAAAGACUCAAGGAGCCCACGCAGAGCCCGCGGAGGCACACACCGCCACCCGGAUCCUCGAGAACCCCGCAAAGCCCACCGGUGAAUGGAGGGUAG